AUGUCAGGACGGUUAAGCAUUUAUCAAAAAUCUUACCUACUUUUUGAGAUUAAUGAUAUGACGUUGAAGUCCUUGAUGGGUUUCAGUGGUUUCAAGGAUUCUUAUCAGCCUAUCAUUGACAGAUAUCAUAGUGGGACUGGUGGUUAUCAUCACAGUGGAUCUGGAGGAUAUCAACACAGUUCACGAGGAGGUGGCCAAAAGAAAGGCACAAAUGGAGCUGCACUUAGCGCGUUGACUCUUCUCGCAUUUCUGUUCCUCAUAAAUGUUAUGCAGCAAUCAAUGCAGGACAAUAUGUCAACGACAACGACCACGGCAGCCACGAUAAUCUUGCGAGAUAGCGAUCAACCGGCGGUGGUGGACGCGAAGGAAGAGGAGGAAAACAAGAAGAGGGACGAGGCGAAGCGCGACGGAAACUACGAAACACCAGGAAAAUCCAAGAUCCAAAGGCUUAACAGUCAAUAUAUUAAAUAAAAUCAG